CCCACACCCCAAAUCUCAUUAUCACAGCUGCCCAACAUGUCGAACGGAAAGACUUACACGCUGAGCAAUGGCGUUAAGAUGCCCGCCGUCGGGUUCGGUACCUUCGCCAGCGAGGGCUCCAAGGGCGAGACCUACCGGGCCGUCACGACCGCCCUCGAGACCGGAUACCGUCACUUGGACUGUGCCUGGUUCUACCUCAACGAGGACGAGGUUGGUGACGGUAUCCACGACUUCCUCCAGAAGAACCCCUCGGUCAAGCGUGAAGACAUCUUCGUCUGCACCAAGGUCUGGAACCACCUCCACCGCCCGGAGGACGUCCAGUGGUCGGUCGAGAACUCCCUGAAGAGACUCCGCCUGGACUACGUUGAUCUCUUCCUGGUUCACUGGCCCAUUGCCGCCGAGAAGGAGGACCAGGAGCACCCCAAGAUUGGUGCCGACGGCAAGUACGUCAUCCUCAAGGACCUCACUGAGAACCCCGAGCCCACAUGGCGCGCCAUGGAGAAGCUCUACAAGGAAGGCAAGGCCAAGGCCAUUGGUGUCUCCAACUGGACCAUUGAGGGUCUCGACAAGCUGCUCAAGUACGCCGAGGUGAAGCCUCACGUCAACCAGAUUGAGGUCCAUCCCUUCCUGCCCAACACGGAGUUGGUCAACUACUGCUUCAAGCACGACAUCCUCCCCGCGGCCUACUCGCCCCUGGGUUCCCAGAACCAGGUGCCCACCACCGGCGAGCGGGUCAGCGAGAACAAGACUCUCAACGAGAUCGCCCAGAAGGGCGGCAACACCCUGGCCCAGGUGCUCAUUGCCUGGGGUCUGCGUCGCGGCUACGUGGUGCUCCCCAAGAGCUCCAACCCCGCUCGGAUUCAGUCCAACUACAAGAGCAUCGAGCUGACCGACGCGGACUUUGAGGCCGUCAACAAGGUCGCCGAGGGCCGUCACUUCCGCUUCGUCAACAUGAAGGACACCUUCGGCUACGACGUGUGGCCUGAGGAGACCGCCAAGAACCUGUCUGCUUAAAGGCAGGACAGCUCUGGAUGGGACAAUAGACUUCAUUUCUUUAUGCGGGACAUAAACACUUGGAGAGUUGUUCGGCAGACAAAAACCUAUAUAGUAUACAUUGGCUACUCUAUUCCCAUAGUAUCAAACGAAGAAAUGUCACACGGUCUACGACAUGACCAACUUGGAUGGAAUACUUUGUAAAUAACAUACAUAGAAAAAAAUUUACCAGGUACCAUACAAGAAAAGCAAGAAACAAAAAAAAUAAAACAAAAACAAAAAAACAAAAAUUCGAAUAAAAAGAAUAAUAGAAUACUAUACACAGAAUAUACCCAA